AUGGGUGCAGCAAACUGUACUGCUUGUGUUAGAAGAAGUGAUGACUUUCAUUUAGAAAUGAAUAUAGAUAUGAAACCUCGUCCGCUAUUAUUAGAAAACGGUGCUAUUUAUAUAGGAGAAUGGUCAUUUGAUAAAAAAUAUGGCAAAGGGAUUUAAGUAUGGAAAGAUGGUUCAACAUAUGAAGGCUUUUGGAUUAAUGAUAAAGCCUGUGGAAAUGGUCGACUUAUACAUGCAAAAGGAAGCAUUUACUUUGGAGAAUGGAAAGACCAUAAGUUUCAUGGGUAAGGAACUUUAAUUAACAAAGAUGGAUCUUGUUAUGAAGGAGAAUGGGUUGACGAUAAAUAAGAGGGAAAAGGAGUUGAAACAUGGAAUGAUGGUUCAAAAUAUGAAGGAUAAUAUAAAAAUAAUAUGAAGGAAGGAAAAGGAGUAUAUAUAUGGGCUGAUAAAUCUUAAUAUGAUGGUAAUUUUUUAAAUAAUAAUUUAGAAGGAUAAGGAGUCUAUAUUUGGCCUGACGGAAGAAAAUAUUAAGGAGAAUGGCUUGAUAAUUAAAUGAAUGGAAAAGGUAUUUAUACUUGGAUAGAUGGUAAAAGAUAUAUAGGGUAAUACAAAAAUGGGAUAAAAAGUGGUUAAGGAAUUUUCGAAUGGCCUGACGGAACUAAAUAUAUAGGCGAAUGGAAAGACGGAAAAUAACAUGGAAAAGGAGUAUUUUAUACUUUUAAUGGGUAGAAAAAAAAAGGAGAAUGGAAAAAUGGAUAAAAAGAAAGAUGGAUAAUUUUUGAAGAUAUAAAUGAUAAUUUUUAAGAAUAAAUUGAAUAAAAGUUUUAUAAUAUUUUAGUCUAAUAUUAAUAAAAAUAUGUAAAAUGCUAAUAACUUUAAUAAUAGAAAAUCAAUAAUAUGCUUUAAUAAACCUAAAUUAAAUAAGAUCAAGAAAAUGAUAAAGAAAAUAAUUAAAUUACUAAGCUUAAACAGUAUUAAAACCUUUAAAAUAAUCUUACAUAUGAUGGUAAAUAAAUAUAAUAGAAAAAUUUAAUAGAUAAAAAGUGA